CGAUUCAGGAAGUGAGUGGCGGAUCUCGCCGAGUACAGAUCAAGAGCUGCACAGUGUACAAGUGAACGCGCAUCCUGGAGAGACCAGCGUUAAAUCUAGUCUGGAGAUUACCGACCUCUAUUUCCCACAAAUAUGGCUGACCAGUUAACAGAGGAGCAGAUUGCAGAGUUCAAGGAGGCAUUCUCCUUAUUCGACAAGGACGGUGACGGCACCAUCACAACCAAAGAGCUGGGCACAGUGAUGAGGUCGCUGGGUCAGAACCCCACGGAGGCGGAGCUGCAGGACAUGAUCAAUGAGGUGGAUGCUGAUGGCAAUGGAACCAUAGACUUCCCAGAGUUUCUGACGAUGAUGGCCAGGAAAAUGAAAGACACAGACAGCGAGGAAGAGAUUCGUGAGGCCUUCCGGGUAUUUGACAAGGAUGGUAACGGCUACAUCAGCGCUGCAGAGUUACGUCAUGUUAUGACAAACCUUGGUGAGAAGCUGACUGACGAAGAGGUGGAUGAGAUGAUAAGAGAAGCCGACAUAGAUGGUGAUGGUCAGGUGAACUAUGAAGAAUUUGUACAGAUGAUGACCGCAAAGUGAAGCCUCCUCCUUCUGCUGUGCCCUCUUAGAAGAGAAAAAAAUCAGUCAAAUGUUUUACUUACCUCUUGGGAAAAUUGUUCAUUUAUUCAUAAUGUUUCUGUUUAAAAAUAAUUGAAUGUUAAAAUAAAGUAUCCUUCUGUCCACAAAGAAAAUAAUGGAAAAACGUCAAAUAUCUGCAUGAAAUGGUUAGUGAUCCUGUCCCCAAAGAUCAGUCUAGCAUCAUUUAUUCAAGAAAAAUAACCUGUAACUACCUUCAAACUGAAGAAACGCAGCAUUUGGUGAACUCUUUAAGUUCCAUCUGCUCUUGAAAAUGUUUGGGCUGGCCAUUCUCCUUUUGUUCUCUUGUUUUUUCUGUUCUUCAUGCAUGCAGCUUGAGCCUGGAGUUCAUUCUCCAGCCAAUUGGAGCGUGCUGAGUCCACUGAAGUGUUGUAUUGUUUUGUAAUUAAAGAGGAAACAUGAGUAGAGAGAAAGCUUGUAUAUUCAAGUUUCAAGUGGAACGGGCUUUCAUGUAUUGUGGGGGAUAAAAACAAAAAAUCAAAAACAAGAAAAAAAUACAAAAACUACCAAAAGUCGAAAAUGUUUGGCAUGACUUAUUGUUUCAGAUUUAUAUUUUUGUUGUUUAUUUUGUUUUAAUGACUUUUUAUUUUCCUGGACGGCCGACUCCUCCGUGGUCUGCUGCACCAUGAUGGAGAUGAUGGAGAAAUGUUAUAGAUGGUUGGAGGAGUGUUGCUGAGCCUUCACUUUCCACUCUUGUUUCUUUACUUCUGAUUGGUGAAUUCUCGCCUGCGUUGCAUCUGCUGCGGGAGUCUGCACUCCAUAAUUCUGUUUGCGUUCAUUUCAAGUUGUACAUGCUACUGUUUUAAUAUUUUCUUCAAAUAAAGUGACCAUGUACUUUA